UUGAAGUGUUCAGCAUGUUUUCGUUGGCAUUGUUGACAUUGUUGCUGUCGACCACAAACAUUUUAACACAAUCCGAAGUGCGAUUCAUUUGCAAGUCGGGUCAUUUGCUGAGCGGUAUGGAAAAAGUGUGUAAUGGCCAUGCCGAUUGUUACGAUGGAUCAGAUGAACUGGCUGAAUUGUGUGCGCGAACACUGUGUCCGCCCGAAUAUUUUCGAUGUCAUUACGGCGCUUGUGUACAUCGUUCGAAAAAAUGUAACGGAGUUCGUGAUUGUGUCGAUUCAUCCGAUGAGACCAAUUGCGGAAGAAAGCGAAACAGUUGCAAUCCAAGUGAAUUUAAUUGUGGCUAUCAUGGAGAUGACACCGAUUUGUAUCGCUACUGUAUUGAUGGUUCGAAAAUUUGCGAUGGAACCCUUGAUUGUGCCAGCGGUGCUGAUGAAAACAAAACCAUUUGUGAAAAUGCACUGUGUCCAGAGAGCUCAUUCCGUUGCAAUUACGGCGGUUGUGUAUCGGAAAGUGUACUUUGCGAUGGUUUCGUCGAUUGUCUCGACGGCAGCGAUGAAUCGCACGUUUUGUGCAUCACUUUAAAAUGCCCGAAAUGCACGAAUUUUAUUGUUACGUGUCCACCUUUGGUGGAAAAUAACAUAAAAUCCAAUCGAAUUUUGAAAAAAUGCGAAUGGAAUGGUCACCAAAUACCAUGUACGCUGAACAUUUUACCCGGAACCAGAGUCACUUAUGCGUGCAAAGAUCAUUUCAAGCCGAAAUCACCGCAAGAUUGGAACAAUGACUGGAAUCUGUGUCAGGCUGACGGGACAUGGUUACGUGAUAUUUUGGAAUGCGAACCGAAUUGCGGCCAACACAACACCAGAAUUCAGUCGAUAGCAAACGAAUCACCACUAACAAUGCCAUGGCAUGCAAGUGUUUUUGUGGUGGAACAAAAUCAGCAACCUAAAUAUAUUUGUGGCGCUACGCUAAUUUCAGAGGCAGUCCUUGUUACGGCCGCUCAUUGUGUGUGGAAAUCAAAUGCGAAAGAUCUGCGAAUCUCUUUGGGCAAUGUAAAAACGGAAUAUGACGAUCCAGAUGACUUUUUGGCGCGUUAUUACGAAGUGAAUGAAGUUAAGACGUAUCUCUCUUAUUUAGAUCAAUUGUCAAAUUACGGAUCAGAUAUUGCGUUGAUUGAGCUCACCCGUAGAGUAGACAUAGACCAAAUAAUUUCACCGGUUUGCAUUGAUUGGGAUUUGGACGAUAUAACAUCUCAGGAUACAAAUGAUGAAAUUGGCAUUACAGUUAGCUUGAAAAACUCUACCUCAAGUAGCUUCUUACAUGUCACCAAAAUUCCGAUCGUUUCACAUCAAAAGUGUGUGGCUAAACAACCACCGGAAUUCCGAAAAUAUCUCACAUUUUCAAAGUUUUGUGCCGGUUGGGCGAAUGGAACCAGCGUGUGCAAUGGUGACAGUGGCUCUGGUCUCACCGUUUUGAGAUCACACGGCCGAUACUUUUUGAAAGGGAUCGUUAGUGUAAGCCCUCGAAAGAAAUCGACAGAUCAAUGUGAUCCCAAUCAAUACACGGUCUUCACCAAAGUGGGCAUUUACGUAAAAUGGAUAGAAAAUUACCUGAACUACAUUAACGAACGUGAUAAUUUACUACUUUCCGAAGAGCCAUCCUCACAAUUCCCGUGGAAAUAAUGCAACAGUUGACAUCUGAACACUGACAUGAAAAUUAUAGCCUCAAAUAGAGAUUGUAAAAAUUAAUUACCGUGACGGUGUCCGAUUUGUUUUAACAUAAUAUUUUUACAAGAGAACGAAUAAUAAUAAUAAUAAUGAUAAAAAAGAAACGAAAAAGAGCUAGAGACUCGAAACUGAAAUACACAAAUGGAAAUGUUGCUACC